GGCUAGCUGUUUUGCGGGAAAACCUUGUAAACACGAUUGAUGUUUGUGAAGUCGCACCUUCCAGCCUUUCCGGAGUUCAGCUGAGCCCAUUUUCCAGCCACUUCCACUGCCGAAUCGUUUUCCAGCAGCUCUAAUCUGUCGGGAACCGUACCUCGUUUACAUAAAGUGAGCAAACGCCCCUGAAAGGUCGCCCGAGAGGCCUUUCUGGUGACAUCACAAAACAAGGCCACAGUCUCCCCGGAUACCAUGUCUGUGUUGAACCAGAGUGGAGAGGAGCCAGUAGAAUGUCCUCUGUGUAUGGAGCAGUUGGAGGUGGAUGACCUCAACUUCCAUCCUUGCACCUGCGGUUACCAGAUAUGUCGGUUCUGCUGGCAUCGGAUAAGAACCGAUGAAAAUGGGCUGUGUCCAGCAUGUCGUCGGGCAUACUCGGAAAACCCAGCGAAUUUUCGACCUCUAACCACUUCUGAGGUGCAGCGGCUGAAGGCUGAGAAGCGAAUGCGAGAGCAGCAGAGGAAGCAGAAGGUGAUUGAGUCUCGGCAACAUCUGGCGGCUGUGAGAGUAGUGCAGAAAAACCUGGUAUUUGUUCUUGGUUUGCCUGCAAGACUGACUGACGCUGAGGUUCUUAAAAAGCACGAGUACUUCGGCAAAUUCGGGCGCAUACAAAAAGUGGUGAUAAACCAGAGUACCUCUUAUGCUGGAACUCAGGGUCCAAGUGCAAGUGCGUAUGUCACAUACCAUCGAAGUGAUGAUGCCCUGCGUGCAAUCUCGGCUGUCAACAAUACCCUCGUAGAUAGCCGCUCGCUCAAGGUAUCGCUUGGUACCACCAAGUAUUGUUCCAACUUUCUAAAAAACCAACAGUGCCCUCGAGCAGAGUGCAUGUACUUGCACGAUUUAGGUGACUCCGAGGCAAGUUUCACUAAAGAAGACAUGCAACAGGGCAAGCAUCAGGAAUACGAAAGAAAGCUUUACGACCAGAUGUUAAUCAAUACUUCUAGUAAUCAAGUCAGAGAAAGCAGCAGUGAUAAUCCACCUAAAGCUACUGUCACGGCACCUGCAGCUCCUGCCUGGGGAAUUAAUAGUACAGAGGAGCCGUGGCCCACGCUCAGUGAAGAGCUAGAGGAGAACAGUGUGCCCCCUGCUGCAGAUAAAAAGAAAAAAGAAGCAGACGAACCAUCAAAGAGUCGCAGGAAAAGAAAAGGCAGGUCAAGAGGCAAGCAUGGUAGUAAAAAACAAGCUUCCGAGUCAAAUGGAAGAGAGCUUUCACCGUCCCCACCACCAAACGAUAGCUCUACGGGUCAUAAUAGCGAUAGUAGAAAUGGGAAUGUGCAAUCAUUACAAAAAUCAUCAUCACUUUCAUCAAGCACAUCAUCAAUUUCUGAUGAUGCUAAUGGAAAGGAAGAUGCUAAAGAUGAAGAUUUGCAGCAUGAAACUGUUCAAGUUGCCACAGAAACCUCUCCUCCGCCAGUUAAUUUAAGUUCAGAGAGUUUUGAUUGGCAAACCGCUUUUGGAUUCAAGUCAGAAUCUUUAACAAAUGGAUCUAAAAACAUGACUUUGUGUGAUGAAGACGAGGAAGACGAUGAUCUGGGUUUUGAUCCUUUUGCUGAAACCCAGAAAGGAUUGGCAGAAUUAAUGGAGAGCGAAAAGAAGCAGCAGCAGCAACAUAGACUUCAGCAGAGCAGGUCCAUGACGACCAUUCAGCAGCAGCAGACAACCACCCUUCAGCAGCUUUUCCGGGCCUCUGAAUUGCACCGGCACACCUCCCACCUAGAUCUGCCUUACGAAAUUGAUGCUAGGCCACCGCCACCACCUGGUUUCAACGGACCAUCUCUUCCCUUCAACAGGCCGAUGCAUCAAAGAACAAAUGAAGUGGGUCAUCAUGCUGACCUUGGUACUAUGGAAAAUGCGUCUUCGCCUUUUAGCCGGAUUUUGGGAAAUAAAGAUAUUAAGCCACCUUCCCAACCAAAUUUUAGCUUCUCUGAUUGGCAGGCACUUUUGCCUAAUCUGGGAAGCAGUUAUUUAAACAAUGGUGCCCAUCGAAGUACUCCUGCACAGCAAAGACCUGUUCAAAAUGAUUGGACCGCUAUGGAUCCAGCUAUAAUGGCAGCAAGUGCAUGUCCAAGAGCUGAGCCUAGCUGGGGUCUCAUGGAGCAAAACAGUCUCUUCCCGUCCAGUAGCUCGCGCACAAAUCUAGGCUGGCCUGGCAAACUGGCUCCACCUCCGGGUUUCUCGCGACCAUUUUAAGAGGAUCCGUAAGAAGCAAAAGGUGCCUUGACCAGAAAGUGCUGCCCAAGUUAAGGCCCGUUUGUCUUGUCCUGGAUUAUCCUGGCCCUGCCGCGAGUAUUUUUGGAUUUCAUAUAUUGAUUACGAGAAGUGAAUUCUCCUUGUUCCCUUUGAUGAGAAACCAAUGCAAUACAAUAAAUCAUGUAAUGUACACAUUCAUUAUCGA